UUUGUGGGGGACAAAUGAGAUUCGGUGCAACCUACAGUCGUGCAAAGUGUAAUUUACCCUUUUCAAAACUGUAGGACAUUCCCCCCUGAAAUCGCCAACUCCUUCCUUCAGGCGACUCCCACCAAUCCCUUCCGGCUCUGCCUCAAGUGAAGGAAUGGACGCUGCUGAUGAAGUGGGCAAUAGACCUGCAACAGAAUUUCAGGAGGAUGUGAAGGAUCCACUCAUUGAUCUUAGUUUAACAGAUUCAAAUGAGCUUUGGCUCAUUCAAUGGCCAAUUAAUCAAGCUCCUGGUUUUGAUGGGCAAGAAUUGUCACUGAAGCUUCAUCAUGAUGGAUUGUUGGGAAGUUUCGAGGGUUCAUCUGGGAAAUCAUAUGAUGUGGUCAGUUUCAAUGCACAAGUUCCAAAUGCUACAGUUUUCUUAUCAUCUGCAUCAGAGUCGAAAAUUGUUGGGAAGAUUUCACGUCGUGUUUCCCUUGUUCAUUACCCAGAGCCUAGUGAACUUCAGAAACAGAAUACCAAUCAUCAGAAGCAGAUGUAUCAGAGAUCUUCUGGAACUUCCUUGACCAAUUCAUCCCAUCAUUUUGCAACUCAAACUCAAAGUACCAGGCCAAGAAGCCCAAAAUCAGCAGGCAGCAAUGCUGCCUCAAUGCAUAGUAGCAAAUAUUUAAGUUCUUUGUCUGAGGUAGGGGAGCCAUCAAAGCCUUCACAGAGCAGGCAUAUUGAGGAGCCAACUAGGUCCAUGGACCAGUCCACUCAAGACUCAGGACAUGGUCAUAGUGUGGUUACUUCUUCUGGGUCCUUAGAGCAAUCUAAUGACAGGAAAUCAAGGAAGAAAAAGAAAAUUGUGGAGUGAGGUGUGUUAUACAACAUAUGUUGUUUACCUCUUCUUACACUUUGUAAAAUCCAAGCAUUUUGAGGGUGAUUGAAAGUCUUGGUCUAUCAACAUUGAAAUAUUACGUGGUUCGUCAGGAUCCUGAAAUUUUGCAUUCAAUUGGCUUUUGUUAUAUUACCUGAGUAGUUGACUGAAAUGUUUGGAAAGCUGAAAUCAUAAAAUAUUUGGUUGUUAAUCUAUGUUUUUGGUGCUUUUGUGUUGA